UUGUCGUGAGCGUGCGUGCGAGUUUUUUUUUAAAUCAAAAAUAUCCUUGAAUUAGCCACAUUUAAUUGGAUACGUUAUUGGCAGCGUCGCGAAGCGUGUUAGCAAACUUUUGCGCCAGGCGACGUGCAGUUUGGAGCAGCAGGUGCAGGUGCGGGUGAAAACGACGCUUUCAUAUCCAAUCCGGCUGGCUUCUCGACGGCACAACGAUUGUUGUUGCGGGUGCCAUCAUGUCCGAUUACAGCGAUCUCGAUCGCCAGAUCGAGCAGCUGAAACGCUGCGAGAUUAUCAAAGAGAACGAAGUGAAGGGCCUAUGCGCCAAGGCUCGCGAAAUCCUUGUUGAAGAGGGCAAUGUGCAGCGCGUCGAUUCACCGGUAACCGUCUGCGGCGACAUUCACGGUCAGUUCUAUGACCUCAAGGAGCUGUUCAAGGUGGGCGGCGAUGUGCCCGAGAAGAAUUAUCUGUUCAUGGGUGAUUUUGUCGAUCGCGGCUAUUACAGCGUCGAGACAUUCCUGCUGCUGUUGGCGCUUAAAGUUCGCUAUCCGGAUCGCAUUACGCUGAUCCGGGGUAAUCAUGAAUCUCGUCAGAUCACCCAGGUGUAUGGGUUCUAUGAUGAGUGCCUGCGCAAAUAUGGCUCGACAGCCGUUUGGCGAUAUUGCACAGAAAUCUUCGAUUAUCUCAGCCUAUCUGCCAUCAUCGAUGGCAAGAUAUUUUGCGUGCAUGGCGGCUUAUCGCCAUCGAUACAGUAUUUGGAUCAGAUACGCAGCAUCGAUCGCAAACAGGAGGUGCCCCACGACGGGCCCAUGUGCGAUCUGCUGUGGAGUGAUCCCGAGGAUCAGACUGGCUGGGGUGUAUCACCGCGCGGCGCCGGCUACCUCUUUGGCUCCGAUGUCGUCUCACAGUUCAAUCGGACCAACGAUAUCGAUAUGAUCUGUCGCGCCCAUCAGCUGGUGAUGGAAGGCUUCAAAUGGCACUUUAACGAAACGGUGCUCACCGUUUGGUCAGCGCCCAACUAUUGCUAUCGAUGCGGCAAUGUGGCCGCCAUUUUGGAAUUAAAUGAGUACCUGCAUCGUGACUUUGUCAUCUUUGAGGCGGCUCCGCAAGAGAGUCGCGGCAUACCAUCAAAGAAGCCACAGGCCGACUACUUCCUCUAGACGAAGCAAUGGCAUCGCAUACACACACACACACACACACACACACGCAACCACAACGUAGCUGUAACAUUGAUAACUGCCUGCCUGCCUCAAGCAAAUGAAAUUAAUCAACUAUAUACAAUUAACACAUAUUUAAGGCCACAGUGACAACAACCAGCAACCAACAGCAACAUCCACACCUCAACACAUGAACACCCAUCAGCCAUCAGCCAUCACACACAUUAAGCACAUAUUGCAUAUUGUCCGUUCUUUAACUGGUGUCCUUUUUUGGUUGUCUUCUGAACAUAGCUGAUUAGCUGAUUACUAUUAGAUCUAGAACCCCAAUUCCAUUACAAAGAUGUUGUGGGAAAACGGGGAAAUUGCAUUCUGGGCGGCAUGGAGCACACACACAUUUUUAGUUUGUAAGUAAGGCAUUAAUUAGCUCUCCAGUCAGUUUUCAGGCUCGGCACUCGAACAAAUCCAAAACGUGGAAAUUGUGACCGCAAAACGUAAUCAUAAAUAAAAACCAACAUCAACAGAGAA